CCCAGAAGCAGUAUCAUUCAACAUUCGCUCUUGCUUCUGUAAAGAACUCAACCAAACCCAAAAAAAAAACCCCAAGCAAAAUGGCAUUCAAGUUUGUCUUCGCUCUCGCCUUCGUCGCCGUUGCCAGCGCUGGCUACGUGCCCCAGGCUUACCACGCAGUUGCUGCCCCAGUUGCAACCUAUGCUGCUCCCGUCGCCGUUGCCCAGAAGGUGGUGGUCAAGUCCUCCGAUGAGACCUACGAUCCCCAUCCCCAGUACCGUUUCUCCUAUGGCGUCGAUGACAAACUGACUGGUGACAACAAAGCCCAAGUGGAGGAGCGCGAUGGUGAUGUGGUCCGUGGUGAGUACUCUCUGGUCGAUGCCGAUGGCUACAAGCGCACCGUCCAGUACACCGCCGAUCCCAUCAACGGCUUCAACGCUGUCGUCAACCGUGAACCCCUCGCUGUUGUGAAGACCAUCGCUGCUGCCCCAGUUGCUCACUACGCUGCCCCAGCUGUGGUCAAGACUGUCGCCCCUGUUGCCCACUAUGCCGCCCCAGCUGUUGCCCACUACGCCGCUCCCGCUGUUGUGAAGACCGUUGCUCCCGUGGCUCACUAUGCCGCUCCCGCUGUCGCUCACUACGCUGCCCCAGCUCACUAUGCUGCCCCAGCUGUGGUCAAGACCGUGGCUCCCCGUUGCCCACUAUGCUGCCCCAGCUGCUCACUAUGCCAGCUAUGCCGCCCCCGCUGUUGCCUACCAUCAUUAAAGUCCCUCAGAGAAGGAGUACAUCGCGUUACCAAUCCAAACACCAAAACCCUUCACAUAAACUGCAAAAUGGCUUUCAAGUUGCUCGCUUUGGUCUCUCUGGCUGCUGCUGUCUCAGCUGGCGUGAUUCCUGUGGAACACCACGAACACCUGGAGCCACAGCUCUACCACGCUGCAGUGCCUCAGCCACAGCAUGUGAUCUACCAGAAGCCCCACGACAUUCACGCCCACGCUCACGCCCAUGAGGUCUAUCCCGAUGAUCCUCAUCCCAAGUACAACUUCGCUUAUGAUGUGCAGGAUGCUCUCUCCGGCGACUCCAAGAGCCAGGUUGAAUCCCGCGAUGGAGAUGUUGUCCAGGGCGAAUACUCGCUGGAUGACGCCGAUGGUUUCCGUCGCACCGUCAAGUACACCGCUGACUCCGUGAACGGCUUCAACGCUGUCGUGCACCGUGAACCUCUCGCACAUGCCCACCACAAAGUGGUUGCUGCCGCUCCAGUUUCUCCCGUGCAGUAUCAUCAUGCUGCCCCAAGUGCUGUCCUGAAGACUCCAGUGUCCUAUGCUGCCCCUGCCUAUGUGGCUCCCACCUAUGCUGCUCCCUCUCACUACGAGCACGAGCCACAGCACUACGAACAUGAACAGCAGCAGCAUCAGGCUCAGCACUAUGCCAGCUAUGAGACUCCUGCCCCAGCCAGCCACGAUGCCACUCUGAGCUGGCAAAGCAAUUGCUCAGUUUGCUCUAUAAAAGCCGCACUCAGUCCAAUUUCUAAUCAUACUGCAGUCUUCGCUUCACUCGAUAGCACACGCAUCCAGUCACACACCAAGCAUCUCAAAAUGGCAUUCAAGUUCGUCGCUCUCUUCGCCCUGAUCGCCGCCGCCAGCGCUGGCGUCCUGCCCGCCGCUCAGGUCUACCAUGCUGCUCCUGCCGUGGCCACCUAUGCCGCCCCAGCUGCCGUUGUCAAGACAAUUGCCCCUGUGGCCCAGCAUGUGAUCACCAAGGCUGCCGAGGAAUACGAUCCCCAUCCCCAGUACAAGUACGCCUACGAUGUCCAGGAUGCCCUCUCCGGCGACUCCAAGAGCCAGGUCGAGGAGCGCGAUGGUGAUGUGGUCCGUGGCGAGUACUCUCUGGUCGAUGCCGAUGGCUACAAGCGCACCGUCCAGUACACCGCCGAUCCCAUCAACGGCUUCAACGCUGUCGUCAACCGUGAACCCCUCGUCAAGGCCGUUGCCGUUGCUCCCGUUGUGAAGACCAUUGCUGCUGCCCCCGUUGCUCACUAUGCUGCCCCCGCCGUGGCUCACUAUGCUGCCCCAGCUGUCGUGAAGACUGUGGCUCCAGUUGCCCACUAUGCUGCUCCAGCUGUUGCUCACUACGCCGCUCCCGCUGUGGUCAAGACCGUCGCUCCAGUUGCUCACUAUGCCGCCCCAGCCGUCCACCUGGCCCAGCACUACUAAAUGCCAUUUUGUUGAGUGUGUUGACUGAAACUUGCCAAUGUUUUAAAUAAAUUA